UGGAGCGAUAAAUUCGGCUUGGUAUUGGCCGAGGAAACUUUCCGUCUAAUGUUCGCGGGGACGUGCGUGCCUCGUCAAGCGCAGGACGUUCGCGAGCGCCGGCAGAGGAAAACAACCAAGGCCGCCCGCGCCAUCGUCGGCAAUUUUGCAACAACCCGCGCUUCUCUCACGACUGAAACAUCUCGCCCCCAAGAGCCAACGCAAGGCGUCAAAUGAAACACAGCGCUACCGGUUCCACACACCGGAGACAAGACGCACCAGGAGAAGCUUAAUCGCACCAAACAACAGUAAAUGGGUCCAGUAUCUUGGAGAGUUGUGGAAUCCCUGUUCACAAUAGUAGCCGUAGCUGUCGUGUCCUGGGUACUGCACAGGCGCUGGAAGCACGGCCUUUUCAAGCGGUAUGGAAUACCAGGACCUGAGGCGCGCAGCCUGCUUUUUGGACACUGGAGAGACCUUAGAAGAGACACGAUUAAAAUGAUGGAUGACUGGAUUCAGAACUAUGGUUCUCUCGUGGGAAUAUACGGUGGCGAUGUGCCGUUACUUCUCGUUAGUGACCUGGAUGCGAUCAAAGACUGCCUAGUAAAGCGGGCACAUGAGUUCCGUGACCGUGUACCUCUGAUAGUGAACGUGGAACCCCUUAAGAGCAGCCUUCUGGGAAUUAAAGGUGCCGAAUGGAAGAUGGUGCGGAGCGUUCUGAAUCCAACAUUUUCGACCGCAAAAAUGAGGAUGAUAUCACGCAUCAUAGAUGACUGCACUAACACUACAGUGGAAAUACUGGACCAACAACUUGCCUCGAGUGCUAGGGAUGUGGAUGUAUCUGUUAUGGCUCAAGGACUGACCAUGGACUGUAUCGCGAAAUCAGUGCUUGGUUGGAAGUGCGAGUAUCAGCGAAAUCCACAAGACCCCUUCCUCACGAGUUUGAGGGAGACGCUGAUAGGUGCCGACAAUCCCAUCGUGAGCGUCGCCGUGGCUUUUCCUCCCGUGCGAUGGCUCAUAAAAUUGGUGUAUCCGUACGUGAACUACGGAAGGUUCUUCUCCUUGGUUACCGACAGCGUACGCGAAGUGAUCAAAGCGCGACGGCUUCUGGAAUACAAAAAUCGGGAGGAGAAUGCUCGUGCAGUGGACAUGCUGCAGCUCAUGCUGGAUGCGCAGUACAAAAGCCACACAGAGAACGUCGAGUCUUGCAGCAACCGUCCAUCCAUGACGGACGAUCAUGUGGUGUCCAACUGUUUCGUCACUUUAGGUGGUGGCUUUGAGACGACGUCGCUGACGCUGGCGCUGCUCUUGGAUGAACUUGCUAGGAAUCCGGACGAGCAACAGAAACUGUACGCAGAGGUUUCUUCAGCCUUCCAGGGCGACGUAACCUCGGAGGCGCUGUACGACAAGCUACAGGGUCUCAAGAGGCUCGAGAUGGUAAUCAAUGAAGGGUUGCGUAAGUACCCGCCACUGGUGUUCUUCACCGCGAGGAUGUGCUACCAGGACACAGAGCUCGCUGGAAAGGUCGUUCCAGCAGGGACGCGCCUGAUAGUGCCUACGUGGAGCAUUCACCGGAAUCCAGAACUGUGGCCGGAUCCGGAAAGGUUUGACCCGGAGCGAUUUUCAGAAGGCUUGGAGAAAGACAGGCAUCCCGCCUCUUACAUACCUUUUGGCAUGGGACCCCGAGAGUGCAUUGGAAAGAAGUUCGCGAUGCUGGAACUCAAGAUGGCGCUUUGUAAACUGGUACGGCGAUACGAAUUCAGCUUGAGCAGUCAAAGUGUGGCCACGCUCGAAUUUAAGGUUCCAUUGAUAUCCAUAAACCCUGUAAAGAAUAUCGUGCUUCAAGUUAAGCGUAGGGGCAGCGCUCUGUGAUCAGCUUCUCGUAGAUAUCUCCCGUGCUGUAUUAUGUCACGUGACCCUGAAAAAAACCACCUGAAAUGAAUUUGUUGGGGUUGUCUCAGUACAGCCACCGUCAAAAGUUCAACGCUAAUGUGCAUGGCAAUAAUCAGGUGCCCUAAAAGUUGAAGCUAAAUGUACCACAAGGCUACAAAGGAAUACCGUACAGAUUACUCCGAAAGAAACCAUUUUCCUGCAUUAUUCCGGAGUCCCCCACUACGGCGUGCCUCAUAAUCAGAUCGUGGUUUUAGCACGUAAAGCACCAUAAUUUAAUUUAAUCACCCUUCAUUUAUACUUCAUCUGAGAUCAAGAGGGAAACAAAAAGGGGCUAUUAUGAGGCAGGUCCCGUUUUCUACACUGAUGAGAGUAAAAGGUAUCUAAAGAGAAAGGUAGGGAAAGAGGUGAGUAGAUAAACGCAGACUGUCGCAGAAGAAUACGAGGCGGCACGCAUCACUCUCACAGCUUAUCACGCAAACCGAAGGAUGCGAACUAGCGCUUUGGCUGCCUUUAGCGCAGACGUCCACCGCGGCCACUUAAUAUCGCUUGUUAAAUGCGCAAGCAUUUCUAUGCUUACCCAACGAGAAAAAGCGUCCGUCCGUCCAGUAAGACGAUCGCUUUCAAGAUAUAGCCCGCAGCAGCGAGCGAAUUCACCUUCGCGCUGCCUCCUGCGCCGAGCGCGAACGAAGCGGCGAGAACACAGCUAUCACGGAGCUCUCAGCACAUGCUGCACUCUGCCCCUUUCGCAGAUCGCUUUCAAGAUAGGGGCCUCCGCGUCUCUCUUCAACGCGAAGCGGCGAGAACACAGCGCGCGCAGCUAUCAGCAGUCGGCCCUCUGUGCGCAUCGCAGAACGCUUUCAGAACGUGCCAUACGCAGCCGUCGCCGAAGUACGUUUGAUCACGGUUCAUAAUUGUUCGACGCAAUGGAUAAGGCGCUAAAGAGAGAUAACGGCUUAUAAUAAUCGGAACGUAAUCAGCGCACCUAUCGCCGAUACCUGCAGUACUUUGCUUGAGUCAUCCAUGCACCUUGCGCCGGCACCCGCACCAGUUCGUGUCGCCGCCACGCUGUCGUUGCUCUCGUUUUUACUGGCCCGAUCAAGUUUCAUAACAUUAAUAAUAACAUCGGGCUGCGUGGCGAUGAGCAAGUGUCCCAAUGCUUACGCAUACUUAGACAACUCCCAGAAGAGUUUCUGCGUGAAUCUUGUAGACAGUGACCCAUUGUCUAUAGCGUGGUACGCAGAACUUGCUUCUUUUGACUUUAGUGAGGUCAAGUGCAAAGCAGUUGGCCCAUAAUUUCAUCGCAGCUGCAAUAUACUGGUACAAAACCAUGCAGGAAAGCCAGAGAGCAGAUAUCUACCAUUGUCUUGACGGUUACUACGACGCUUGGUCACAUGCCUACUUGGCCGUCCAGGUUGUCUGCAUGUGUAUCUAGUAAAUAAAUUUCCGUGUUUGCUUCCUCCUCCUUGCAACAAUAUAAAAGCAGAUUUGGUGUUCAGUGAAAUAGCUCAUCCUUCAUGUCUUGCAACUGAUCUAGCCGACAUGAACUCAUGAGCGCCACAUCGCUGAAAGUUGGGAGAAAACCUUACAUAAGCCUAAGGAGUUUUCUUAGCUGCGCCUGCACCCCGACUGCACUGCGGCUCAACCAUUCACAACUGCAUGCAUCCAACACGUUGUCUGCUGUCAUCCUUAUGUAAGACCUGCUUUGUAAGUAAAUCUAGGUCGUUCCUACCUGCCUGCCUAUCAAAAAUAAAAAGGCAUAUAUUUUUUACAGAUAACAAGGCGAAAAUCAACUUCUGAAGUUUGAGAAAAAGGUGUAUCUCUAUUCUGCUUACAACAACUUACGGUAUGCCCGUAUGUUCUCUAGUCACUCUAGUAUUGAGCCAGUUGUACAUCAAUAUGGCGAUUUGAUCAUUAUACGCAAGGUUUUUGGGAGGGCAUAGUGCUGAUGCGCACGUUUUUUUUUUGCCACCGUUGGUGCGGACUGUAUGUCACACUUUAUAAUUCUUCUUUUAUGCUUUUCGGCCAAUAAAACUCUACUGCCAGGAA